AAUAAAACAAUUCAAAUAAGAGAUGGCUAAGCGACUCCGCGAGACAGAUGCAAAAUCAAUCCGGAAACGCAGCUGCCGACUGCGCUUCAAGCGCCUGGUCCGGGCCGUCAUGCUGAACCAGCAGUGGCUGGAUGAGCCCGAGGAGCAGGGAAUUGUUAUGAAUGCGAAAAAGAAUGUUGCAUUUCUGAUUAGACAGAAGCGGAAAAUUGGCCUUCUAACUGUUGCGGAAAAGGCGCUGCUUCGUACCCCUCAGGAAAAUCGCACCAUCGACGAGCGCAAGAAGUUGUGCAUGAUUAUAUCAGGUUUGCCAUGUUUCAGUAAUAUACCCCCGAAACUUCGUGCCCGAUUAAUACCAGUUUUAAGAUUUUCAACAAUUGGCGGCGAACGCGUACUUAUCAAGGAAGGUGACAUUCCGUUCUUUAUUUACUUCAUGGUAUCCGGCGAGAUCGAAAUGAAGAAGUCCGUCCACGACAAAAACACGAGGAAAGUGUCAAUGGUGUCGGAGGCCAUAAUUGGGUCAGGCGAUUGGAUAGGUGAAGUAGAACUACUUGAAAACUGCACCAGACUCAACACCUUAGUGGCACUAACGCCUUGUGAAGUAUUGUCAAUAAACGAAGAUGAUUUUAAAAGGAUUUUGCAACCCUUCAUGAAAAAGCAGUGGCACGAAAAAAAACUGGCUUUGAAAUCGUCAAGUUAUUUCGACUUUCUUACUGACAAACAGAUUGUGCGGGCCUGCAGCUAUUGUGUGUUAACCCAAUACGAUCCGUUGCAGUCUAUAUACGCUGAAGACAGGGGAGCCGUUAGUUGUGUCCACUUCAUUCUGAGCGGCGAGUGUGUUAUUUUACAGUGCCUCAAAAUGACUGUGACCAAGAAGGAUGGUAAAAGCACUUUCGAACUGGUCAAGGUGGAGAACGCGAACCAAGCUCUCUUUGAGAAUACCUCAAAAUCAAUAAAAUCAAUGGGUAGCUCAUUUAUUGACCAUGGUCUGCAGAAAGAGAAAAUGCUAUCGGAUUCGGUCUUUAAUCUAAACGAACUUUUGGCCUCUUCGUCCGAUGUGGAAGAUGAGGAGGCUUUGCAAAUGAAAAAAGCGCGGCGUAAAAUGGGAUUUCGAGAAAUAGAAAUAGCUUGUGGACUUCUGGGUCGUACCGAUCCUGUAUUUGGGAAACCGAAAAGAAAAUUACAAUCCGUUUUCAAGCGAAAAACUUUAUUGGUUCCUAAAAGAAAAUCGACAUUUUACCCAAUUCAGUUAGGGGACGAUAAAUCCACGGAAGAUGACUAUUUUGAGUUACUCGAAGAAGAUUAUGCAUUGGAUGAAGAUCCAAUGUCGAAAUCAUCAUCAGCAAGAAGUUCUUUGACUAGCGUUGAAGCAUUUUCGGUGUCUUUAGAACGUUCCAGCUCAAAGUCAGCUAAGCAAUCCGUUCGCAUCGAAAUCGAUGAUGUCCAAAAUGAUGAUGUGGAAUCGGAUUCAGUUAAAAUCAAAAGUACUGACUCUAGUGAAUCACAUAAAGCUGAAUUAAACGAUUCAAUAUCCUUUACAGAGACGCAUUUCAUAGACGUUGGCUCCUUGACAUACGGCGGUAUUUUUGGGCUGGGUGAGAAAAUGGCUCAUCGCGUGAUAAUGGCUCGAACUGUUGUACAGUGCCUCCUCUUGCCGCGCUACUGGCUAUUUGAGGAGGAACAGAAUCCGGGCCAUGUCUGGCAGCGUCGCCGAUUUUACUUGGAAGGCAGCAUACCCUCCCGAGAAGAGUUAUUUGGCGAUUUUCUUAAAACACGUCGCUGGGAGAAGUUCAAGAAGGAUUACGUGCAAAGCACAUUGAAUCCAAAUAGUGCGAAUAGCACCCAGCCCGAAGAUAUACCCAUAAUAUGCCGCAUCGUUGAGACCAGACAAGAUAUUUAGCUUACAGUUGAGCUAUGCCAAACUAUGAACGAUAUCACUACAAAUUAUAUGUGUGUGGAGAGUGUGUGUGUGUGUAUAUAACACACACUGUGU